AUGUUGCGCAUUAUUGCUUGUUUAUUAGUUGUGUGUUUGACUCACGGUAUUAGCAUUGAACGACCAGAACAUGAUCGUCCAUUGAUAACAUCUAGCCUCAUUGAUCACAUAAACAGCGUUCAGUCAUCAUGGAUAGCUGGCCCAACAAAAUUUGAAAGUUGGCCGUUAAAAUCGAUCAAACGUUUAAUGGGAGUUAAAGAUGGAUAUUUAGAUAAACUGAAAGAAAUCAAGCCGAUAGUUCAUGAUGUGCCGAACGAUAUACCAGCAAGCUUCGAUGCCCGUGAAAACUGGCCAAACUGUCCAACAAUAAAAGAAGUGCGAGAUCAAGGCAGCUGUGGUUCGUGUUGGGCUUUUGGAGCAGUAGAGGCAAUGUCUGAUCGAGUUUGCAUAGUGUCAAAGGGCGCUGUCAAUGCUCAUAUUUCAGCCGAAGAUUUAGUCGAUUGUUGUUCGUCAUGUGGCUUUGGAUGCGAUGGUGGCUUUCCUCAAGCUGCUUGGGAAUACUACAAGAAGACUGGUCUCGUUACCGGUGGCAACUACAAUUCAAAAGAGGGCUGUGAACCAUAUACAAUUGCCUCAUGUGAUCACCAUGUCAACAAAACACUCCCACCUUGUGGAGGAGAACAACCAACACCGAAAUGUGUUAAGAAAUGCAUCGAUGGUUACACGAUUCCAUGGGCGAAAGAUAAACACUUUGGUAAAACUGUCUACUCUGUUAAAUCGGAUGUUAAACAAAUACAAACAGAAAUCAUGACCAAUGGUCCAGUUGAAACCGCAUUCACUGUCUAG